UGCAAAUCUUUGUAAACAUAGUGUAAACUAAUCAAUUGCCGAUGAAAGUUUCAUUUAGGGUUACCUUUUUGUUCCUAUUUAGUAUUUACUGCAGCUAAUUAUCCUUCACUGCUUCUAUUUACUAAUGUGGGUUGAAGUUUUUUAUUGUGGACGGUUCAGUUUCCUUCAGUUAUAGUGACUGGCUUACUGCUAUAUACGUCAACAAAAUAAAGAGAAAAUUUGUGACUCAUAUUCUUUAUUUGUGUCAUUUAGAAUUCAGAGAGAAAAAAACAAGGAUCAAGGAUGGAGGAGACUUCAACAAGCACACAGAAAAAUGAUAAGCAUCAAAGCUUGUUGGAUAUUAUGUUCUCAUGGACUCUCCAUGAUGUUCUCAACCACAAGCUCUACAAAGACAAGGUUCAGAAGAUUCCACUCUCAUUCUCCUCAACAAAAGAGUACUUGAACUCAUUUAUUUUCCCACUGAUUGAGGAAACUCACAGUGAUCUGUGCUCAGGAAUAGAAGGUGUUUCUCAAGCUCCAUUUUGUGAGGUCAUGACAAUUCAAAGGUCCAAGGACUUCAAACCUCCCAAGGCCUUGUUCUAUAAAAUGAGAGUAAAGAAGGUCACUGAAGAAGUUCAAAAUGUUGGAAAAUAUGAACCUGAAUUUGGAGACAUUGUUGCUUUCACAGAUGUUAGACCAAAAGGGAUAUAUGACUUGAACAGGCCUAAAAUGCAAUACCAUAUUGCUUUUAUUUGUGGAUCAGAAGAUGAAUUUACUGAUGAGAUUGAAGUACUUUCAUCUAAAUGCUUGGAUAUGGAUUUUGAAUUUUCCGGGAAUAUUAACGAAACACAAAAGCUCUAUGUUGUAUAUUUGUUGAACAUGACCACAAAUAUUCGCAUUUGGCGAGCACUGAAUGUUGGUGAAAAGAUGAACAUUAUUGAAAAAGUUCUGCAGCAUGAGCCUAAUUCAAAUAUUGAAGAAGUCUGUCAGAUUUGCUGUUCUGGAGAAAGCAUGACUCAGUCUCCAGCUCAAUCUUCAGCACAAAUCAUAAUCCGUGCUCAGAAUCUGAAUGAAUCUCAAAGAGAUUCUGUUCUAAGCUGUGUUGCUAUGAGCAAAUGCCAUUACAGUCAUAAUGUUAAACUUAUAUGGGGCCCCCCGGGAACCGGCAAAACAAAGACUGUUGCUUGCUUGUUAUAUUCAUUGCUCCGGGAAAAGAUCAGAACAUUGACAUGUGCUCCAACUAAUAAUGCAGUGUUGACCGUGGCGUCUCGCCUGCAUAGUUUGUUUAAGCAGUCACAGAAGUUUGAUACUUAUGGCCUUGGUAACAUUUUGCUAUUUGGCAACAAAAACAGAAUGAAAGUGGACAAUUUUCCCGGUCUUGAAGACGUGUUUCUUGAUUAUAGAGUGGAAGAGCUUUUAAAGUGUUUUAUGCCAUUAACCGGGUGGAAACAUCACUUGGAACUUAUGAUCAAGUUACUGAAGAACCCCAAUCAACAAUAUAGGUGUGAACUGAAUGAUAAGGAGGAUCUAAUGUCAUUGGAAGAAUUUGCUAAGAAAAGUGACAGCAAUGUAAAACGUGCAUAUUCUUCAUACAAGAGAAAAGUGAAGAGUUCUAACCUUUUGACAUUUGAGCAAUUUGUUGAGAAGAAAUUCGAUGGCAUUGUAGAGUCUUACAAUUUGUAUGUUGAAGAUAAAAAGAUGAGUACCUCUGGUAUGACGAUGGAGCAAUUUGUGAAGCAAAGGUUCAGUUACAUUGGAGGUAGGCUCAAGUUGUUCAUGAAAGCCUUGUAUACUCACCUACCAACAUCUAUGAUUUCAUUCAAAGUGGUAAAGAAAAUGUUCAUUGCUCUGAAUUUGUUGAAAUCUUUGGAAACUUCGCUGCGCAAUACCAAGUUCAAACGAGACUUUCAUCAAUGUAAAGAUGGAAAAAGCCUACAAAGCAUUCUAAGUUCACUAUCACGUUCAAUUUCGCUUCCUUGGAUCACAAGCAAACAUGGCGUGUCAAUGUUUUGCAUUGAGAAAGCAUGCUUAGUAUUUUGUACUGCAUCAAGUUCUUCUAAACUGCAUACUCAAGAAGGGGACAUGUUCCGGUUUGUAGUUAUUGAUGAAGCAGCACAGCUGAGAGAAUGUGAAUCAGCAACAGUGAUAUUGAAAUAUUGCAAGUUAGAUUCAUUGUUGGACUUGCAUGAAUACGAUGAAGGUAUUAUGUAUAAAUUGAUGCAGGACAGCAAUAUGGAGAGCAUACAUAUUUUAUCGGCGUGUAGUGUUAGGUGGCUACAAAUCGGACGGUGCGAGUUCUCUCAGAGUUUACGGAUGUUGACGUGUGAUUACCCUGUCCAUCCGGAUCAGUACGAUGAUAGGGUGAAGGAGCAUUUACGAUUUAUUGCUUUUUAUCAUGCAUCUCAGAUUAGAAUAGUCCAAUGUCAGAAAGGACUCGUAAAUGCUCUAGUCGAAAGGUGGUAUCCAGACACACAUACCUUUUACCUUCCGAUUGGUGAAUGUGCUGAAGAUAUGGCUAUGAUUCUUGGUCUUCCGACGGACGGUCUUCCAGUCACAGGAAUGACUAUGAGUAGUUUUGAAGCCUUAGAGGCAGAGUGUUUGCACCAAUUUGAGGUUGCACCGAGAAAGUCAAACUGUAGAGGAAGCGGUAUAAAACUGACGUGGCUUCGAGAUCUAAAAGAACGGUUACAGUUGACUGAUGAAAACAAUAUACAGAGUAUCGGACAGUACAGUUGGGGACGGCUUGCCUCGCACACCUGUACAGGGCGUUAUGCAGGGCAUCUCGUUUUGACUGUAAGGAGAUUGACAGUUCGCUAA